AUGUUCAAUCGACUCACACGAUUAGCCAUUGACUUACUGGCCAUAUCCACCAUUCUGGCAGGCGUGAAACGUUCCACUGGGUUUGCACCAAAUCUACUCGGUAUUCAAGAUCCUUCCAUCAGAACUUUCUUCCAGCGAUACUUUGCUAUAGGCGAUACCAUCUUUGGUAUGAUCAGCGGAUACGUUGUCAACUCUAAAUACUUCCUAAAGACCAUCCCAUGA